AUGAUGAGGGUGGCUACCAAGGUCGCGAAGCUCUCUGCCUGGGGCGCAGACGACACUGUCAUUAUUGUUGCUUUUGCGUUGUUCAUCGGGUUCUUCGUGGAACUGUUUUACUUCGUCAAAGCAGGACUUGGCAAGGACAUUUGGACUCUCCAUGACUACGAGAUUACCUACUUUCUCAAGCUCCUCUUCGUCCUCGAGUUCUUCUACAUCAUCGGCCUAGGUGUGGUUAAGGCGUCCAUCCUUUUCUUCUUCUUGAAGAUUUUCCCCAACCGAGGCUUCCGCCGCAUCUUGUGGUUCAUGCAGAUUCUCAACAUGCUCGUGGUUCUGUCUUAUGUGAUUCUAUGCUUCGCGCAAUGCCAGCCAUUCUCACACUUUUGGAACGGAUGGGAUGGUGCACACGAAGGCCACUGCGUCGACUUAAACAGGAUCGGAUUGAGCCACGUCUCACUCAAUAUUGCCCUCGAUAUCAUCAUGCUCAUUCUGCCAAUCACGCAGAUCUACAAGCUUCAGCUGAAUCGGAAGAAGAAGAUUGGUGUCAUGGCCAUGUUUUUGGUCGGUGUCUUGUAA